CGGCGCGGGGCGCCCAUGUGGAGGUGCUCCAUGCCUUGUUGUCCUCUGCUCCCAUUGGCCCGCGCCGCGCUGACAGAUUGUAAUGGGCCGCGAGCGCACUGCGGGGGGAGGAUCGCGCGCAAAACGCGGCGGUCGGAUCACGCCGCCGCCGGACCGGACCGCACCCCCCGCCGCGCCCGCCCCUCUCCCGCGCCCCCCGCCGCCGCCCGCCGUUCGCCGUCGCUCCCCGCCGCCUGUAGGGCCGCCUCGCCGCCGCGUUGCGGGGUCUGUCCGUUCCCGCCCGCCGCGUCCCUUCCCGCCUCGUCCCGUCCGCGCGGCGCCAAUUCCUCCGCUCCGCAUUUUGCCGCCGACCGCCGCGUAGUAGCGGGGCCGCGCCAGCGCCCGCCUGUUGUGUUUCUGUUGCCGCCCGCCAUCUUGUCGCCAGCGCUGCUGCCGUCGGGGCCGCGGGGCGGCGCGGCGCUGCGGCCGGGCCCGCGCGAACGGCGAGGCGGCGAGGCGGCCGGGGCCCGCGCCAUGAGCAUCGAGACGCUGCUGGAGGCGGCGCGGUUCCUGGAGUGGCAGGCGCAGCAGCAGCAGAGCGCACGUGAGGAAAAUGAGAAGCAUGAGAAGCUCUGCCUGGAGAGGGAGCAGGAACAGAAGUCCACCGGCAAGGCCAGUGUGCCGCGGACAAACAGUGCCAUUCCCCUGGAGGAGCCCCAGAGCGAACUGCUGGUGCCCAUCUCCCCUCCAGCCUCGGUGCCCCCACCACCCCCGCCCCUGGCAGCCCCCAUUUCAGUCAUUCCCAUCCCUGUUGUCACCAGCCCUCCCCAGCAAACAGCCCAGACCACCCUAUCCCCACCGCUUGUGCAACGCCACCAGCCCCUCAUAAGCACUCCCAGUGUCACUAAGGAAGCAUCUUUGGUUGCGCCAGUCAUCCAGAGGCCACCAGGCCCACUUCUGCCAGAUGGGAAAGCUUCUACACCGCCAUCUGGCAGCCCCAAGCUGCAGCAUUAUGCAGCGCCGGUCCUGGCCAUUUCUCAGCACCAUGUGGUCCAGCAGCCCAUCCAACCCCAGCCUAACCAGCCCCUGCAGCACCCAGGAGCACCUCCACAGCUUGGGGCUCUGAAGCUGGCGCCAGCAGAAGAUAUGAAACCAAAUGAGCAGAAGAAGAGACCUGGAGGGGUUGGGACCAGGGAAGUACAUAAUAAAUUGGAGAAGAACAGACGUGCACAUUUGAAAGAGUGCUUUGAGACAUUAAAACGCAACAUCCCCAAUGUAGAUGACAAGAAGACCUCAAACCUCAGUGUCCUAAGGAGUGCCUUGCGAUACAUCCAGACUUUAAAGAGAAAGGAAAAAGAAUAUGAACAUGAGAUGGAACGGCUGGCAAGAGAGAAGAUUGCUACCCAGCAACGACUGGCAGAGUUGAAAAAUGAGUUGAGCCAGUGGAUGGACAUCUUGGAGAUAGACAGGAUCAUUCGACAGACAGUUCAGCCAGAGGAUGACCAGGCAUCUACCUCGACAGCAUCAGAGGGAGAAGACAACAUGGAUGAAGACAUGGAAGAUGACAGGCCAGUGAACUCGUUACCAAAACAAACCCAGCGCCAGCACCCAGAGCUCCUGAAAGCCGUCCCUUCAAACGCUGCUUCCCACCACCCGGCAGUGCUGCCUCAGCACCUCUCCAUCCAGCAGAAACAAACUCCAGCCCACACACAGCCUCCCAUCCAGACGCAAGCACUGGUCCAGUCACAGGCAAUCGUCCCUGCACAGACUCACAUCGUGGCGGCUUCAACCGUGCAAUCGACUGUUAUUGCCCACACCGCCACUACCCACGCUUCGGUCAUUCAGACUGUCAACCACGUCAUUCAGGGUCCACAGACCAAGCACAUUGCUCACAUUGCACCUUCCACCUCCAGCCCUGUGCAACUUACCACUGCUGCUCAGCCCAUUGGCCACAUCACUGUGCACCCAGCCACCAUCAACCACAUGGCCCACCUCGGCCAGCAGCUGCCCAUCUACCCUCAGCCUGUGGCCGUCAGCCAGCCUGUGGUGAGCCAUAUCGCUCACACCAUCUCACACCAGCAAGUGAAUGGAACCACAAACCUUGGCCAGCAAGCGGUGAUGGCCAAGCCUGCUGUAGGAACCCAAGUUGUCCAUCACCCACAGUUAGUUGGGCAAACAGUCCUAAAUCCAGUGACUAUGGUAACCAUGCCAUCAUUCCCAGUGAGCACACUGAAGCUGGCCUAGAGGGGAUCGCCUGAUGAUGAGGUCUUUGGGAACCUUUCCUAAACUCCAUACAUUCCAACCACGUCUGACUCUGCGGGAGGGAAGUGCAGAAAAUGCUGAGUGGCGGGAAGCCUGGCUGGGCUGUCCUCAGCCGCCCAGUAACCAAACUGCCUCUGGCAGCGAGAAAUGGGGCCUCUCUGCACUUGAGUUUUGCUCAUUAAAGCAAACUUCAAAGACAGUUAUUCAUGGUGAUUUUUUUUUUCCUUUUAUGUGUAAUCAGUGAAAUAUGGCUAUGAUGUUCUUAAGACUUUAAUUUUCCCCUUUUAUGUGUUGCUUCUUUGUAGAAUAAAAAUUGCUGAUCUCUUUAUUGAGACAUUGCGUAGAAUGGGAAAAAAUCAUAGAAGUCUAUAUUUAUAUAUAUGUGUGUAUGUGUGUGUAUAUAUAUGUAUAUACAUAUAUAUAUAUAAAUAUAACAUUUGAAGAAGGCCUUUUGUAAGGUUGAUUAUUUUGCAGGAUUAUUAGACAAAAUUCGUUUUUGGAGGAAGAAGACAGAGUGUCCUCUCUAAACAAGAAACUUCAAGACAGAUGGUUUGGUGGACCAGGGUACAUACACAGUGACAGGCAGAAAGAAAAAAAAAAAAAAGGUUAAACCAUGUUAAAGGUAUUUCCCGUUGAUAUAUUACAUUUCAAAAAACCAUCUAAAAUCACUGUGACUUGUUACAGCAUUUUAAGGAAAUUCUCUGUCCUGUCUAAUAAAAGGAAAAAGAAUACACAACUGGACUUUAUUUGUUGCAGUUUUAUAAAUUACUUGAUUUUUAUAGCUAUGUCAAAAGAAAUUUUUUUUUUAUUAUUUUAAUAGUUGACAGUGUUUUGUUUGGAUGUUUUUUGCGGGGGUUGUUUUUUUGUUUUGGCUUGGUUUUGCUGAUGCAAUAAUUGAGUUUGCAGAUCUCUGUGCAUGGCAUUCUCCUUUCCAGGUUUCCCCCAGCCAGGCCCAAGCCCCCAGGUUUCUGGGGUUUGUUUUUGUUUCACAGAGGCAGAUAUUUUGUGCUGACAACUUGCAAUGCAUUUAUCUAGCCUGAUAGAGCAGAACCUGGGACAAGAAGACCAACAGUAAUUAAGUAAAUUUGCUGCAUGGAUUACUUUUCUUUGUUUGUUCCUGAACUGACUGUGUUUUGGUGUGGGAGUCAAUGGAUUAGAAAAGGGAUAAAUGUGCAUGUGGUAUAUUCCAAAGUGCAAGCAAUUUUGACAUCUUUUUUCCUUUGUGGGGGAAAAAAACUCUCUAGUUUUGUGUUGGAUGAUGGUAUGGUCCAAGAGAUCAGCGUGUAUGGCUUGUCACUUACAGACGGCAGUGAGAUGUGCACCAAAGAACAGCCCCUCAUCCAAAGUGACCCUCUUGUUCCAUCCGUGCUGCUGCUGGUUAGGUCAGAUUUUGCUGAAGUCAAGGGCAAACUCCCCUGGAGUCACGAGAGUAGGGAUGUUUGGCUCUGCGGGUACUUGCUUGCUUAGGACGUGCUUCACUGCUGACUGAAUGUUCUGGUCCUUGCACCAUUUUGUUUGUAGUGCUGCUCUCUGUGAUCUCUCUUCUGUCUUCCUCUCCUUUUGAAUACAAAUGCUCUGCAGUCCUUAAUUCAGGCAAGUUUCCUGCUGUAGCCAGCGCAUGUUUUCCAUGAGGCAGGAUGGAAGGAUGGUCCCUGCUAGCACCUGGCCAGUGAUGCCUAUCUGGAGGAGGAGGUGAGGUGGGGCUGAGCAGUCACAGCGGUGCUGUGCUGGCUGGCUGCAUCUACUUUGGGGUCGAGAUCUUCCAUGGGAAAACAUGAUCCAAACUGCCCAAAAUGUCUGCUGACUCCAGCAGGACUUCUGCUUGGUUGUGGAUUGCUGUGAACAGUGGCAUUAAGUUUCAUUAAGGAAACUUGCCACUUCUGUACCAUUCAUGCUAUGAUUGAAACUGUGCAGGAGGCAGGAGUAAUUCCUGCAAACGGAGAUCAAGGGUGAUUGUGCCUUCUGAGCAGAAGUGGCUGAGAAACGUGUUAAAUCUGUUUCUAAAGCCUUGGGUUGCUCUGUAGUUAAGGCUUCUUUUUUCUAUUUUCUUGCCUCUUUGAGCCCAGGAAGCUCUUGCUGAUGUUAUUAGCACAGUUUCUACAGCAGGAUGGACAAAUCUUUAGGGAUUCUCUAUCCUUAAACCACAUUUAAAGAGAUUGUUUGUUCUCACUUCUAGUGCACCAUGGGGUGGGAAGGGGGAGAAUCACCAGGGCUUUGUUGUCUCCUUGUACAUGCUGGUGCUUUCCCAAGGACGUUGUGUUUUAUGUGCCAAUGAUUCAAUGAUCAGCAUUAGAGAUAAAGACAGUUGCUUCUUAUCAGAAAGUCUUGAGAACUGAGUAUUUGCAGGAGGGUCAUCUCCCUUCUUGGGAGGAACCACGUGGCUUUGCCUUCUGUAGCUGCUUCAGGAGGGGGAGGAAGUGUGUUUCUGCCUUUCUUUACUGUUCCAACUCACAAAGUAACAAAAUUGAGGCAGAGAGCCUCGUUGUCAGUCAAGAGUUGCUGAGCUUACUGAAGGAGAAAAAGCCCGGAUUGGAAAGUAGGGUUUGGCACACAAGCGUUGGCCAAGAGCCCCUCUCCCCCCUCCCCCCCCCCGAUGUCAUUCCUUGUGUGUGUUGCAGUGGCGGGUCUUUGGGAAUGGCCUGUGCGGGUUGGUCCUGCUCUUCUUAAGUGCAAUUUUGCACAAUGGCUUUUUUUCUUUGUUGAAAACUGCUCCCAUCUUAACCCCAUUGGCUUCUUACCCAGUAUAGAUGCUGGGGUAACUGGCAGUGACCCAGGCGUACAGACCCAGUCUGUGUUCUCCAUGGUAAAAAGUGUAGGGGAUGGAAAGAAGAUUUCCCAUUUUGUUCAAUACAGGCAAAUGAGCUUUCUUGUGGAUUAUUUAAUGGCCUUUCCUGUAUGGACAGGCAAUGCUGCUGACCUCAUCUUGAACUCCCUUAUGGUUUAAAGGUAACGGUGUUGCUACCCUGUUCAUGUACAAGUCCCAUAUCUCUGCCAGUUCUCCCUUCCCUUGGAGUUCUGCAGUGCUGUUAUGUCCCAUCUCCUUCAUCGGUGUUAAAUUACCCUUGAGGAAUGGUUUGUCCCACUCAGCUAGCCCAUAAACUGGUCCAGGCAUCCAAGGUCUCAUCUGCCUUCUCCACAGAUUCCAGAAACGUUUCUUUGGGGUUUUUCUGUUUGUUUUUUUAAAGUAAGCAAACUUCUUUCUGUUCUGUGGCAAAAAGAGCAGAGCACAGCCCUUCUUUCCUCAUGACUGUCAUUCCUGAUCAGAAACUUCAGAUUUUCACUAAUGCUCUUAGAAAUCAUGUUCAGUACUGUAUAACAAGGGGCACUUUAGAAAUGUCUCUCUUCCUCUGAUAUAUGUGUUUUCCCUAUGGAGAAAGCUAUAUAUAUAUAUAUAUAUAUGUACACUUUGGGAUUCAGAAGAUCGAAUUUGUCCCAAAAAAAUCAAUAAAUAUAAAGUUUACAAGAAAUCUCUUCUGUUGUUGAAUAAUAUUAGUUAUUGGUAACCAUACCGCAUUAACAAAAAACAGCAAAUGGGUUUUCUAUUUAGUAGUUUGGGAAGAUUUUUCUCCCGUCAAACCCAUGUCAGAGCCCAUACGUUAGUGGAGAUGCUUCCACUGAGGGUGAGCUCUGUGGCAUUGUGCUUCCUGACCUCCCAGCCUGCAUGUUCCCCUUGCUCAGGACACGCUACCAACAGCAAAAACAUGCUCAAAAGCUUGAUCUGGGCUUAAAACUUCAUCCCAUGCGGUCUCAUGUGUUUGAAACAGUAAAUGGGUGUCAGCAAACCCUUGGACAGGUAUGGUUGCGUGGGAAGAUGCACUCUUGCUUUCACUGCUUGCCCAUGCUGGGAGCUUGACCACACUGGGAGUUUUGCUCCUCUGAACUGUGUGGUAGAGCCAGAUUGGCAGCUGAGGAGGAGCAGGCAGGCGAGCAUCUCCACUGCCUUUUCUCAGGCCGCUUUCUGCUCUUGCCUGCCAAGUAAGUGCAGACAUGGAGGAAUAAACCCAAACUGCUACUACAAAAUUAUCCUGAAAAGGAGAUCUUAACAGCUGACACUUGAGAUAUGGGGAUGUAUUCCUGACCUCAUCAGUAAACAUUAGCCAGAACCCUUUAGUUUAGCUUAGGAAGGGAAGCGACCUGGCCGAAGUUGCUUGGAUGGGCUCCGAGAGGAUCAGGCUUCCCUGCACAGUGCAAUGUUGGUGUGUGUGGCUGAUGACGUCUGUGUGUGCUUAGCUUGCCUACAGUGGGAGUUGGACACGAGGGGAGAGUGAGACUGCUGGGUCUGGUGAUGGCACCAGCGUUGGUCCCACUCUGACUGGCGUUUGCAGUGAUCCUGGCUGGAGCCACUGCUGGCUUUCGCUCAUCCUCUCUUUGCUCAUGGUUUCUAAAACUGGUCAAAGCAAAACAAAUGGAGAUGUUGAGGGAGAGGGAAGAGUUUAAAAAAGACAGACAAAUUACCAAAAGGAAUUAUAUCUUUUUUUGCCUCCUAUCAAGUGGCCAAGCAGUCAGAAUUUUUGAACUCCCAAUGCACAAGGUGUAUUUUAAAGCCCUGCUUAGGGUUAUGCUCCCAUCCUAGUCCAGGGUGAGGGAUUGUCAUGGCUGCUGAAACCUUGGUGUUAUUCAGAGUAUCACCAGACUCAGCCCUGCCAUGGCUGCUGGGGACUCUGUGACAAGUGUUCCCACGCCUGGUACUGGCCAGGCUCUUGAGCAGCUUCCCCUGGGCCUCCUGCUUGACUGUGCCGAUGGCAGCUGCAUCAUCAAGUCUAGACUCACACCUUUCUUGGGCAAAACCCAAGCUGACCUUCGGAAAGGCUGAGAAUAGACUUGAAAAUGCCAGCUGCUGGUGCUGCCGAGCAGGACACAGGGUGUGCAUCACCUGCGGCCCAGCUCCCAAAGCUGAGAAUGUCACGUGCACUGCAUCAUUCUUUUUAUUUGAGGCUAAGCCAGACCAUUGCCUCCAGACUUCCCUUCGAACAAGGCUGUUUUUCUGCUGGUAUUUGAUGUGCAGAGCAAGAGGGGUGGGCAUGUAGCAGCUGCCAACGCAUAGGGCAGUGCUGCUUCACCCAGCCCCGGCAUUAGACAGUCUCGGUGGCUUUGAGAGCCAGUUUUUGACCAAAACCAUUUAAUGUGAUGUUUUCUUCUGUGAAGAUGAGCUGCAGAGAAGGAAUCGCAUGCUUUGUUUGUGAUUGGCAUUUGGGAGUGCUGCACCCUGAAGCGAGUUGAGCAGUGAGGGAUUUGUCUGGGAAGGGGACGCUAACUGAGGAGGAGCAGGGGCUGUGCUUCCCUGGCUCGUGAGAUGGGCGAGCAGCCCACUUUGCUCGUACCUGGGCUGUUCAGGUCCCUGCAAACCAGCAGAAGCAGAGGGGAGCAGGAUGGCGGCCAGGGGCCAGCCAACAACCCACCCCUUACACCUGGGGAAACAAGGCUGAAGCUGAACUGCUGCCUUGGGCCUUCUUCUCUGCACUGGGGUAUGUCUGUGUGUCUGUCUAUGCUGGAUUUGGAUACUGGGUGUCGAAGGCAAGGAGGGCUCAGCUGGGCAGCCCUGGCAGGGUCAGGGUUGAUUUUAUUAGACAGAGGUGAUGUCCCUUCUGCAAAGACCUUCACUCUUUUAAAACCAUACGCAAUUUAGCUGCAUGGGAAAUGCACCACCAACUAAUUGGCAUUCAGCGUUACUGCUGUGCAGGGCCAACGACUGCUGCCUGCUGGUGCUGGACUACUUGUCUCUCUUUUUUUUUUUUUCUUUUAAUUAGAAGUGGCCUUCUAUAACAAAAGAAUAAAAGAAACAAACAAAAAAAAAACUUAAAUGCCUUUGAGUGGUUUAGGUGGAGUUGAGCCUGUUGGUGCUUGUGUAUGUAUUGGUGUGAUUGUUCCUCUGCACGCCUGUUGGUGUAAGUAUAGGCAUUCGAUGCAAGACUUUAUUGUGUCUCCAGUUUUUGUACCUAGCCUGUGUCUGUUUUGGACUGGUUUGCAUCCUGAGUGAAUUCUUUGCAUUUAAUCAAACAAAAAAGGUGUGAAACUUGUUGCAGAUUGGGUGGGGAUGAGGAGUGUUUGGGGACCUCUUGGUGCACCUGAAGCAGACGUCAUUUACCCAGUGUGAUGAUGCAGUCGGUGCUUGUUUGGCCCCUUUGCUUUCUGUGUCGUGUGUGGCAGCGGCCUCGCAAAGGGGAGUGCUCUCGGCCAGAGGAGUUGGCCGGUCUCUGCGUGCCGGAGCCACACGCUGGCUCAGCACCGUUGAGCUUUUGGCAUGUGCUUAGGCUGCAUUAGACAUGUGGCUGCGCUGGGCUGGGAGCUGCCUGCCUUAGCACUCCUGGAGAUGGCACGGAGGUGGGCAGCUGCUGAGCACCUCACAGGGAAGACAACUCUUAGGCUUUGCAGCAGGUUUUUUCCUCUCGAAUGAGCAAUUGUUCAUUUCAAUCUUAUUUAAUUCUAAAAGAUAUUUGAAUGAAGAAAGGAAAACUCCCAUACUUAUGGCCUGUUUCCCAUCCCUUAUUAUCAUUUUGAAUGGAUUAAAAUGGAUCAUAACACUUUUUAGAUAAUUUUCUUCUGUUGUUAAGAAUUGUUUUCAACUGUUGUUAAGAAUUGAUGUUUAGGGUUAAGAAAAAUGGAUGGUGAGUGGUGUCAGUCACAGCAUCUUCCUGUUAUAUAGAGCUUAAAAAUAAUAAUGCAAACAGCAUAUGGGUACAGGCACAGCAUGGGAUGGGCACAGCCUUGGCAAAUAUUGCAUUUGACUGGUUCCAUGUGGUGCGGCCAGGCUGGUGCUGCUUCCCUUUCGGAGCUGCCGCCCCCUGCAGUGAACACAAAGGCCGUGCUCUCGUUUGUCUCUGCUGCCCUGCAUCAGGACCUGGUAUCCUUCCCAAACUGUCCUCCACCAGGAGCUGGUAUCCUUCCCAACCCUCGGAUGCUGUUUGGCUCCCUGGGAGGGAUGGCACGGCUGCAGAUGAGGCCCUGACCUGCACCCUUUCUUUGUGCUGUGGAAGACUGAUUGGAGUGUGAAGGAGCCCUGGUUGCAGGACACGGAGCCCUCCACGGCUCGCUGGGGAUGGAGGCUCGCCUGUGUCACUGCUUCCAGGGAGAUACCCCAGGCUCUCAUCCCAUCUCUGUACUGGGCUGGAAGCCCUUGCUAAUCCUCACAGGGCUGUGCGCCUUCAGAUGAGAAAUCCUGGUACGAAUGCCUUAUGGAUUUGCCUUAAGAGUCUGAUCCAAAAGCAUGUUUCUUCACAGAGUGAGAGGUAUUAAUUGAAUCCACGCAAUUUAUUUGCAUCUGGUCAUGCACCAGCCCAGGCAUCGCUGGGUGAGGCACUUUGGUGGGAGCGGGGUCCCCCACCUCCAUCACUGCCUGUAACCACCCUCCCAGCUAAAAGCAUUCACCGUUAUCCUUGCUGCUCUCUUUGCAUUAGGAAUGUUUCACCACAGAUGCUGAUUUUACGCGCAGUGUUGCUGCCUGCGCUGGUCACUGAGUCAGAGCCCAGAGUCCCUCGUGCCUCCCGUACAUGUCACAGGACACCCACGCACCCACACUGGGCAAACGUCGUCUUUGUUUACCAUGAGGACGUGUCACUGUGUUACCAAUUAUUGAAAUACUAAAUAUUAAGAAAACCUAGACUGUAAAGAUUUUUAUCUGUUUGGAUACAUCUGCUAUGUGAAAAAAACCAACUAAUUUUGUACAUAUUGUAUUUUUACUAUUCAGCUGUACUAUUCUGGCUCUUCAUGCUCCAGAAUUUAGGUAUCCAACAUGAAUAAUAUCCAUGUAAUACACACUUACUUGCCUGAAAUGAAUAUAAAACUGAAAUAA